CUUCGGCACGAUUUGAUGUCCUGAUCUUGGUUUACAGCUGCUGCCUCCUCAAUCUUGCUUGAUUUUACAUACACUUAAUUUUUUCUGUUCAACAUGGCUUCGGCAGCUGUCCAACCGUCGUCGAACCCCUUCGCAGACGCGCGAGACCGGCGGAAGACGCAGGCGCCGAAGAAGGAGAUAUGGUCCACGCUCCUGAACAGUGUAUCAAGUGGCAAAAGACUGCCUGAAAAGCAGCUUCUACUACUGGGAGGAUCGCCACAAUCGCAAAAAGACUUCCUAGAAUCGCUAUCCACAGACACGUCUAGUAAUCGCCGACAACAAACUCGGAGACCGCCUCCCGUUGCAAAUCAAUAUGCAUUAGGUUAUACUUAUCAAGAUGUAUUGGACGCGGACCAUGAAGACAUUCUUGCCCGACUCUCCAUUUAUACACUCAGCAGUGCAUCUACGUCAUUCGCACCCCUUCUCAAACCGCUUCUCACCCCUAAGACACUUUCCCAUACCCUAGUUGUCAUCCUACUUGACUGGAACCAACCCUGGCACUGGGUUCGUCAACUGCGAGACUGGAUCAGGCUUAUUCGCUCUAUUGUCGUAUCUCUCGAUGACGAAUCAAAAAAUGCUAUGGAAGACAAUGUAUCUCGAUGGCGUGAUCGCCAACGCAACCGUAGUAAUACCGUAGAAAGCACAGAAAGUGGUGAUGCAGAGGACGCCUCACUGCCUCUAGGACCUGGGGAGUGGGACGAACCGCUGGGGAUGCCACUUUGUGUGGUGUGUCAGAACACGGACAAGAUGCAAAGCUUGGAACGGGAUCAUGGCUGGAAAGAUGAACAGUUCGACUAUAUUGGACAAUAUAUUCGAACGAUCCUUCUCAAGCAUGGAGGCAGCUUGAUAUAUACAAUGCCUUCGGCACCUGGGUCAUUACAACCGCUUGUUCAUUCGAGCUUGGGGAUUACGUCUACUUUGCUUGCACAAAAGAAGGAGCUCGGGUAUGAAGUUAGUAACCGAGAUCGUACUCUUGUGCCGCCAAAUUGGGAUUCUUGGGCCAAAAUCCGGAUGAUGGCUGAUAAUUUCGACCCGGAGAUCGUGAGCAAGAUGUGGUCCGUUGAAAUUCAGAAACCGUCGGGGAGCGAACCUACAGGCGAAGAUGAAACUAAUGCGGUGUCUAUGUAUGAGGCUGAUAUCACGAACCCGAAAGCUAACGCGGCCAUGCCUGGGGGGAUGCCGAAAGCGGGAGCGAAAGGAGUGAUCGAAGUCGAGAGCAAGGAUGUCCAAUCGUUCUUGGCCGAACAAAGCAAGAUUCUAGAGGAGUUUCAAGUGGCAGACCGCAAGGAAAGAAUGGCUCAAGAAAGUAAAAAGGACGCUAGCCGAUUGGGCUCACUUCUCGAUGACGGCGGGAGACAUGUUGAGGAGCAUAUUGGGCCAGUGCAGUUCAACAUGGGCGGUAUACAGGUUGAUGCCGAAGAGAUGGUCAGGAAGAUCAAGGAUCGUGAAGCAACGCGGUCGAUGGAGGAGCCGUCUCGAUUGAAGAGCCCGAGCACGCCAAAGGCAGCAGUGGGUGGCGGUGACAAUGCGGAGAUGGAAAACCAGCGACUAAAGGACUUCUUUGCAAAUUUAGCGAAAAAAAGUGGCGGUGGCUCUGCAAAUAGUCCUCGAAGGGGGCCUGAAGCUGCGUCAUAGCUGGGUAUUGAAGAUGAGGAUUUGGGGUUGAAUGAAGCGGGCAAAGCUGUUUUCAAGGAAACGUGAGUAGCUGGCGGGCGGAUUGAAAGAUGUUCAAUACGUGCGGAGGAUGGGGCGAUUACUUUAUUAUACCCACUUCAAUUACAGUGAUUGCUCAUUUCGACUUUUCAGGAUGGGAAAACAUCGUUUGCGAACUGAACUCACUUCAUCAACUCGUAGAGCUCGGAUAACCUUUCAAUUAUAUUUCUCACUGGCUGUGUUUUCUG